GUGAAAGUAAAAACACUGCAACUUUGCCUCAAAACAGCCAAGCGGUUCAGGAAAACUCGCAUCUUCUGUUAAGAUGGAACGCAAGAUAUACAACCUACUUGACCAAUUUAGACUGCAGAUGUACUAUAAGAAAUUUAUUGAAAUGGGAGUGAAAGAUGAACGAGAUUUUCUAGACAGUAUUGAUGAUGACACCUUGAACGCUGUUGGUUUAACUCAUGUGGAAAAGCGACGAUUUUCGAGCAUGCAGGCAAAAAUUCGUAAGCUGGGAAACUCAGCAGCCCUCUCAGGCUCUGCGAAGGUCUUGAAGAAACCAAGUGAAGCAUACCAUCUGAUGUACAGAUUUCCAAAAUGUCCAGAGACCAGAACGAUCAGCGAUCUUGAUCCAUCCCAGAAUACACUCGAGGAUCUGAUGCUACGAAUUCAUCAUCAGGAGACCAUUAGCAACGAUCUGGCUGUGUGUCUUUAUUCAGCUGAGGGUUUGCCCUUAACAGAUGACCCUUUCUUCAACACAUGGUGUUUGAAUGAAAGGCACAUUGAAAAUGGAGCUGAAAUUUAUGCCAUAUUCACACCUAAGGCAAACCUGCAGGUCCCAGUUUACACAAUCCCAGAUUCUGAUCUUGCUGAUGGAGAUGAUAAUGUUCGAUGCCACAUCAUGCUUAAGGGGGACUUUGAAGUGAACGUUGACCUGACCACAGACACACUGCGACAUCUGAGAAACAAGCUGUCGCACGAAAGUGGAAUACCUGCACGGGUCCUGCAUUUUAAAAAUAUUACAGAAGGAUUCACAGAAGUCUUGGAGAAAGCUGGCAUCAAUAGCCAGUCAGUUGUACAAUUUUACCUGUCAUCAUCUGAAGCAGACACACCAGAUUUCCAAACGUUCUUCACAAGUGAUGUUCGUCCUUCAAUACAACAGUCACAGAAGGGGAUGAGUGUUUUCUUCUCAACAUUACUUGCCAUUAACAUGAAGCAGUCUGGAGAAGGAUUUAAAAAAGUGCUGGGCUACGUACGACACCUCACUGGCUGUAAUGCUUUGGCUCAAAGUUUGCAUCAUCUUAUGGUCAGGAAAGAAACUCUUACAAGAAUUCAAAAGGUGAUGUAUACCCAUAAUCGGGACAGAACUUUUCAGAGAUAG